UUCGGCAUAACAAACCAAUGCGUGGCAUAUUUAUGCGGAUUUGUAAUGUUAAACUCUGCAUCUAUUUUACUGAGUCCGUAGCGCUGCAGAGAGGGUGCUAAAAUCACACCCCGAAAUAUUUAGUGUAAGCCACAGCUCGGGGACUGUCCGUUUUUCAUUUCAGCCCGCUGAGCGAGCAGCAUAUGGCCAUGCAGUCCGUACUGAACACGGUCCGGAGGGCCGCCCUGGGCGUGGCUGAUCAGCUGAUUCCUCUGCCGGGGGAAUCCUGCUUCCGAGAGCGUGGCAUGCUGACGCCGGACGAAUUUGUCGAGUGCGGCGACCAGCUGGUGCACAGCUGCCCCACCUGGUCCUGGGCGUCAGGCGAGGCGGCGCACGCCAGACCCUACCUGCCGGCCGACAAGCAGUUCCUCAUCACUCGCAACGUGCCCUGCCACCGCCGCUGCAAGCAGCUGGACCACGACGAGGCGCAGGAGCGGCUGAUCGCGCCGCUCGACGGCGAGGACGAGGGCUGGGUGGACACGCACCACUUCAGCACGGCCGCUGCGGGCGAGGAGCGCGCCGCGCGCAGCAUGGAGGCCCCCAGCGCGGACGGCGAGCCGGGCGACAUGGAGGAGUUCGAGGAGAGCGCGCUGGAUGACGCGACGCGCACGUAUCACCUGAACAUCACCUAUGACAGAUACUACCGCACGCCGCGUCUCUGGCUGCAGGGGUUCGACGAGAACCGCCAGCCGCUGACGGCCGAGCAGAUGUACGAGGACUUCAGCCAGGACCACGCGCACAAGACCAUCACCAUGGAGGCGCACCCGCACCUGGUGGGGCCGCCGCAGGCAUCCAUCCACCCGUGCAAGCACGCCGACACCAUGAAGAGGCUCGUGGAGACGGCUGAGGAGGGCGGCCGCCAGAUCUCCGUCCAGAAGUAUCUCAUCGUCUUCCUCAAGUUCAUGCAAGCCAUCAUUCCGACCAUUGAGUACGACUUUACGCAGAACAUCCAGUUGUGA